UCUGAUCAAAGAAAGAGUUCACAGAUGCUUCAUACAUCUCUUGAUAUUAUCAUUACUGUUUAUCCCAUCAUAAAUUAUCUAGAUGACGACAAAUCGCAACCUUUGUCAUCAUCAUUUCUAUACAGGUCUUAGUAUUUUUAGUUAAGUCAUUAAUUAAACGAUCACCUGUUCGAUAAUUAACCUACGUCUCUCAGACCUAACGUUGUCACUUAUGACACGUUUGGGGCACGUCGUCGGCAGUUAAGGUUAAUAUCAAAUAUUCAAAUUUUCCUCGUAUCUUUAUUACUUCUUCUCAACUAAUUAGUGUCAGUUAAAUUUACAAUAUUUCUUCCUACAAGAAUGGUUUCCCCAUUUCUAAAACAGUGUUUUGUGGUUAUGGGGGCAGCCAUGUCCCAGAUGGGUCAUGGGGCGGCCUACGGCUACACGGCCGUCCUCGUGGCCCACUACACUGAUGACCGGGGGAACAAAAUGAGCAAUGAUGACCUGUCGUGGAUAGGUUCAGUUUUUGCAAUAUCCAAAUUGUGCGGUUGUUUCCUGACUCCCCCCACAAUGUCAAUGUUUGGUCGUCAAAAAGCUCAUCUCAUCACUAUUCUACCAAUCUUGGCUCACUGGUUACUAUUUGUUUUUGGAAGAUCACUUUCUGUUUUUAUCACUGCAAGACUUUUGUUGGGAAUAUCAGCUGGAAUGUAUAGUGCUAUGAACAGUAUGAUGAUAGCUGAGUAUACAGAUCCAGUCAAUCGUGGGGCUUUUUCGUCAAUAUCAUCGUUGGCUAUAGGCUUUGGAGUAAUAUGGGUUCAUGUUUGGGGGACUGUGAUAUCCUGGAGAACCACUGCUGCCGUAACAACUGCCAUACCAAUAAUUACAGCUAUAUUUACAUGGUUCUCCCCAGAAACUCCAAGCUGGCUUGUGUCUAAGCAAAGGUAUGAAGAAGCUACAAGAGUUUUCAUUUGGCUAAGAGGUGACAGCCCAAGACAAAGAAAAGAAAUAGAAGAGCUGAUUGAAAAUGAUAAGCUGAAACAAGAAACUUCUGAUAAUAAUUUAUCAGCCGCUGAAUCCAGGCUUGUUGUAAGAAGACUGAAGCAAAUGAGAAAAUGUUUGCUUACGAAAGAAUUUUAUCAUCCUAUUUUCAUAUUAUUCAUUAUUGUUAUUUUGGUUGAAUUUAUUGGUGCUCAUUACAUGGCAGCAUAUGGUAAUAUGAUUUUAAAGGCACUUCUUAAUAAAAAAGAGCCUAAGGAAGUAAGUUGGUAUCUUAAUUUUCUCGAUAUUGUAAGACCUGUUGCAACGAUUCUAUCCAUUGUAAUCGUGAAAAAAUUCUACAGAAGAAAAAUUCUUAUCACUAGUGUACUGAUGGCAGUAUUGUCUCUUUCGUUACUUUCUGUUUAUGUUUAUAUACGCAGUGCAUAUGGGUUCGGUCAAACACGUAUAUUAGAUAUAUUUGUAAUGACUUUAAUGACAUUGUAUACUAUAUCACACUAUUUAGGGGUUUCUCCAAUUUUUUAUGUAAUUUUUGGAGAAAUAUUACCUCUGCAAUAUAGAGGAAUAGGUUCAUCUAUAGCAAUCUGUAAUUUAAGUGUAUUUACAUUUAUUGUGUUGAAAACCUGUCCACAAAUGUAUUCCUCGAUUGGAGUUGAAGGUUCAUUUUUAGUUUACUCAGUAAUCAUCGUAUUUUGUUUGAUCAUUCUUUAUUUUAUAUUGCCAGAAACAAAAGAUCGGACAUUAUUAGAUAUAGAAAGUGAAUUUAGAAAUAAAAAAGAGACCCUGAAAAGUGAAAAAACAGAUCCUGAAGUUGAACUGAGACUAAUGAAUACCAACACAAUGACAUGUUAACCUACUUUGAUGAAAUUAACCUAGGGAUUUAAAAUAUAAGAAGGGAUUAUUUGAAUAACAUAUAAAUAAGAAUGUAGCUGUAAUUAUGUAAUUAGAAAAUAAAAAAUAUGCUUUAUGAUA